UGCGGUUUCUCUCUCCCCAAACAGCUCUAAGUACGCACAAGAGAGAGAGGGAACGCGCUCGCUUAGACUUAAUCCGAUCUUAGGGUUUCUGUUUUUAGGAUCAUCGUGGAAUUUGAUUCUCACAAACCCUAAUUCUCGGAUCAGGUCUGAGCAUUCUGAUAGUUAGGCUUUUUCCAUCAACUAAGGUUCAUGUCUGCUCUUGACGUUCCUACUGCCUUUGAUCCUUUUGCUGAUGCAAAUGCUGAGGACUCAGGAGCUGGUUCAAAGGAGUAUGUGCACAUCCGUAUUCAGCAGCGCAACGGUAGGAAAAGCCUGACAACUGUCCAGGGGUUGAAGAAGGAAUUCAGCUACAACAAGAUACUCAAGGACCUUAAGAAGGAGUUCUGCUGCAAUGGCACUGUUGUCCAGGACCCUGAAUUAGGGCAGGUUAUUCAACUUCAAGGUGACCAGCGGAAGAAUGUCUCCACUUUCCUUGUUCAGGCUGGUAUUGUGAAGAAGGAAAAUAUAAAGAUCCAUGGUUUUUAGGCUGCAGCAGCAAGAAUUUCCCAUUAUCGGAUAUAUUCCUCUACUGUGUCCAAUUAGAACAUAAUAUCAUAUAAUCUCUGUUGGUUUUCUGACUAUAUGCAUCUCGCGUUUGUUCUUCUAUCUACCAUCUCGUUUGUGUAACUCUGGAUGACUAUGGAAUCUAUGACAGUUUGUUUUCGAUUAGUUAUUGGUAUCCAAAAUUAAACUAGUUCUAGUAUG